CAAGAGUGGCAACGUGUACGUUACGUUAUCUUAUCAAAUAAAUAUACCUUCAAGGUUUAUUUUUCAUAAUAGAAAUACAAAAUGUGCCCAUAGUUGGAAAUUGGAUGCCGGAUAUAGGUUAACUUAAAUAAUUGACAUUUGAGUCAACUGUAUUUAUAUUAUAACUUAAUUGAAGUGGGACUGUACAGCGUUUGAAAGUAAAAAAGUUUGCAUUGUCGACUAUGCAGAUUGCAGUUACUUGAUAAAAUACACUAGGCUAACUUUUUUAAAUGGCUCAAGCUCUGUCCAUUGAACAAUACUGCAGAGUGUGUGGAUUGGAGACCGCAGGUCACAAUCUUAUUCUUAUAUAUAGUGAGGAUGGGAUUGGCAUGGCAUUAGAAAAGAAGAUCCAGGAUCAUAUACAUUUAAAGGUAAAGGAGAAUGAUUGUUUGCCCCAGCAAGUGUGCCUUAAAUGUAUAUCUCAGCUCAAUACCUUUCAACAGUUCUUUGAAGCCAGCCACAGCGCAGCCUUCAAACUGCACCAGAUGUUUCUUCCAAAUAAGGUAAUGGAAAAGGAGGAAGAGGACGACCUUUGUAAACUAGAAAAUAUUGACAUUUGGGAGGGGUUAGAACCAGAAAUAUUAGAUAGUGAAAACCCCAAAGCUAAUGACUGCUCAAUAAACCUAACAGAUGGAAAAAAUAAAAAGGUUAAGAAGACAGAAAAGAAGUUGUCGUCAUCGGUGCUGUGUCACGUUUGUGGCAAAGCAUUUAAAAGUAUGACAAACUUACACGCCCACAAGCGCACUCAUCUACCUGAAAACCUCAAGAAGAAGUUUCAGUGUACAAUUUGUACCAAGUCUUUCAGGACUAACUUCCAUCUGUCAGAGCACAUGAAUGUUCACCAGGGCGUGACACCAUACAACUGUCAAGAAUGUGACAAGCAGUUCCACAGCCGAGCCCUGCUGAGACAACAUCUCCAGGUGCACCAGCAGAACACCAAGGUGGCAUGUCCUCACUGUGGUCUGCUGUGUUCUCGCAAGGCUAAUCUGAGAGCUCACAUGAAGACCCACGAGGAAGGCCGGUCCUUCAGCUGCUCCCUGUGCAAACAACAGUUCUCUACCUACAGUGAGAUGCUCUCUCAUAGGAGACAACACAGUCAACAGGAGAUAAGGCUACUGUUGCAACAAGACCUCAUUACAGACAAGGAUUACUUAAUCACAUGUCAUUUUUGUGAUAAAAUAUUUACAAACAAAAGGAUACUAGCAACACACAUGGAUAAAGUGCACGGUGGCAACAGUUUGACAGUGAAGUGUGGGGAUUGUGGCAAGCUGUUGCAGUCUCAGCGCUCUCUAGUGUACCACCAGCGCUCACAGCACUCUGACGAGCGGCCGCACCGCUGCGCUCACUGUGGUCAGGGCUUCCUGCUGCUCAAACUGCUGCAAGCACAUGAGACCAAGCACACUGGCGAGAGACCUUUCAAGUGUGAUACUUGCGGAAAAGGCUUUAGGUCAAGAAAUAACCUGUAUCAACAUUCUGAAAAGCAUGGCGGCAAAAGAAAAUUCCAAUGCACUGUUUGUGGGAAACAUUUUCAAAGGAAAGCAGCGCUGAAUGUUCACUUUAGAAUUCACAGCGGCGAGAAGUCGUUUGUAUGUGACAAGUGUGGUAGAGGGUUCAUUCAGAAAAAUGACCUUGUGAAACACCAGAAGACCCACGAGGAAGGAAACUCCAAGGCACACACUUGUGGUCAGUGCUUGUUUGUUUUUGGUUCCAAGAAAGAACUAACCAAGCAUAAAGAAGAAACUCAUCAAGAGAUCGGUGUUGUUCCCCUUAUAGUCACCAAUAACAUGUUUGAAACUCAUGUAAUAACUGAAGAUGGACAAAGAUUAGUCUUCCCAACAGUUAGUAGAGCCUUCGAGCAGAGUGAUACAAUCACAACUCAAGUUACUGAUAUUUGAUUGGUUGAAAUUAUUUUGUCAUCUUUCUGUACAGAAAGUGAUUUUCAGCCACUUGCUAUAAUUAUUCUUGUCCUUGGCUUUGCCUCGUACGUGAAAAUAAACCUCAUAUGCCUUAUAUAGGGUAAUAGGAAUUUCCCAUUGGGAAUAAGCUAUUACCCGUUUCAUGGUAAGACCUAGGCCAAUUUACUUUUUGGUUUUUAUGAUCCUAGAGGCCAAAAACACCAUCCGUCUCUGUGCAAUGUAUCGAAAAUGCAUCAAAAUUCAGAUUCAAUACAUCGAAUCGUGAUUCGAUUCAGUGGUGAUCAAAAAUCGAUUCGAUUCAUGAGGGAGUCAGUAUACAUCUACAAAAAAGGCCUGUAGAAAGUCAAUGCAAUA